AUGAAUUCUUCUACACUGCACAUCAAGGGCGACCCACAGCCAAAGGGAGAAGAACCCACAAUGAAAGAACCAAAGUCACCAGCCUGCCUAUGCUGUAAUCAAGCUCACCCACUUACAGAUGUAAUGAAUUUAAAAGAAAGUCUGUACCUGAGCGCUAUGAGGUGGCCAAGAGUUUCAAGGUGUGCUUCAAUUGUCUCAAGCAGGGACAUAGAGUUAAUAAAUGCUCGAACAAAACUCAUUGCCAAGUCACUAACUGCAAGAGACAUCAUCACAGUCUGUUACACUGUGAACGUGCAACACCUCAGCCACUGCCUAGUCAGGACCCACAAACUCAGCCCCUGCUGA